UCUGACCAGCGAACGGAAUCAACAAGCUUAUUAUUAGAGCGCAAGAAACGCCGCAAGUCCAGCGCUUGGCUUGCAUAACACUGCUAUACACUGGAUGUGCAGCUUACGAAUGUGCAUGCUAGGCUAAAAAAUAAAAUUUCGUCAAAAUGGUUCUUGUUGUGGAAUUUGCUGUAGGAUGCGUAUCACUGACAGCUGGAAUGUAACGGGGGUUCUUAUGAGCUGGCUAACCUAGCUAGCUGCCUAUAGAAAUCCGCCAGCGUGAGAAUAACAUGCAUUCGGGCAAACGGCAGAUGCGCGCUUAGAUGUUUAUUGAAGUAUGCUAGGAUGUUUAAAAAUGUGUUCGGAUCAGGAUUUCUGGUGAGGACAGCUCAUGUCAUCUUGACAUGGAUCAUAACGUUGAUUCUCUUCCUUCACGACACCGACCUCCGCAAACAAGAGGAGACUGGGGAGCUCACACUGCCAGUUCUGUUUGUCCUGCUGGUCCUGGUGUCUGUGUUGCUGUACUUUGCAGUUUCACUCAUGGAUCCUGGUUUUGUACUGUCUGAUGACUGUGAUUUGCAGUUCACACUUGGCAUCACAGAGGAGACACAGGACAUGAUUCCUCAGGCCACUAAAUCCUUACGACUGCGGCGCUGUGGACACUGCCUGGUACAGCAACCCAUGAGAUCUAAACACUGCCAGACCUGCCAGCACUGCGUGCGGCGUUAUGAUCAUCACUGCCCCUGGAUAGAGAACUGCAUUGGGGAGAGAAACCAUCGCUGGUUUGUGCUUUAUCUGGCUGUCCAGCUUGUGGUCUUAUUGUGGGGAUUGUACAUGGCCUGGUCAGGCUUUAGUCAUGCCCCCACCUGGCAGCUAUGGUUAAGGACCAAUGGUGUGCUUCUGGGAGCCGCAGCGGUAGUGGCCGUGCUGUCUUUGACCGUGCUUCUCCUCUUGGGGUCUCACCUGUACCUGGUAUCUCUAAAUACCACCACGUGGGAGUUCAUGUCUCGUCAUAGAAUCUCUUACCUCAAGAAUUGUGGCACAGACGAGAACCCUUUUGACCGCGGGACCCUGCGCAACCUGUGGGGCUUCUUCUGCGUGUGGAAACCUGUGGUUUGGGAGCAUGUGUAUUUCAAGCAAGGCAAUGAACCCAUUUAAUUCACAAUUCUACCUGGAAGUCAUAGCUACAGUAACAGGUAACUUGUUCAGUGGUUCGGUGGAAACUGAAUUUGCCGUACUCCUUCCUUUAAGUUCCAUUUUGAAAGUGAUAUAUUCUUCAAGUGCAUGAACUUUGUAGUUGCAGUGUGUGAUCAGUUUUUUUGUUAGGUACGUUGGAAUGAUGAGCGUUUUUAUAACCAGUGUUUUUAUGUGGAUACUUUGCCCUGAUACAGUAGUACUUUGAAAGUUUGUCUGUGCUGAUUUUGCACAUUUUAAUAGCAAAAGAAGAACAAAAAGCACAAGAUCACAGCAGCGUUUUAGAGCUGUAAUGUGGUUUAUUAUUAAUGCAAUACGGUGAGAUGACUUCAGCCAGUCGUUUUACAGAAUUUUCUGCUCCAUCUGAUUAUAUUUUAUUUACAAAGUUUUUCUCACUCAUUAAUGUUAGAAUAAAGCUGUUGGACAAACUGAAUAUCAAUAUAUAGUUUGUUAGCAUACCUCUUUUAUGAUGCCUAACAUGACAUGAGCAGAUGGUAUCAUAAUUGUUACCGUAAUUCAGCAAUGAUUGCGCAAACAUUUCAUGUUAAAGCUGCAAUCUGUAACUUUUGAAACAUAAAAUUGUACCAUGGCAAAAUCACACCCAAAAGCUCAAAUUAGAAAUCAUUAUUAUGUGCUUACUUUUGGGAAUUGGGUUAAGGCAGAGCCAUUGAGAGAGAGAGUUGCGUCAACUCCAUUGACUCCAAUGGAACAAUUUUUUCACAGCAAUGGCGGUUCAUGGAGGCUCUCAAUAGUUCCCGGAAGUUACUAGUAACGCAUGGCGCUGCGGCUAAACAGACCGAUUGUGACGAAAUUGAACCCAUUUAAAGACGCAAGUCAUUUAAUGAAUAAAAAAAUGUAUGAAAUUUAAAGAGAAAACGUAACAACACUGAUUUUAGUAUUUGAUUAAUAACAGAUUUGUGUUUAUUUUGAAUAAAAAAACAUUACAGAUUGCAGCUUUAAUGUACUAGAAAUGCCUCUGGUGGUAUACUGUAUACAUAUUUUUACAGAACUUUCUAUUAUGCUAGAUGCCCCCUUUGAAGAUUUUAGACAGGGUAAUGCGAAGUUGUUUAUAUAGCACUUUAUAUAUUAGUGAACUUUCAAUGUGCUAGUAAUGUUAUUUUAUACAAAAGUAUCUAUUGUACAAAUUUGCACAAAAAAUUAUUGUAUAAAAACUAUUGUAGUAUCUCACUUGUACAAAGGACAUCAUCAUCUCAAUUUCACUCACUGAACAGAUGACACUACACCCAGAGAAAUCAACACAUUAAACAAAUAUGGAACAUAAUCAGUGCAGUAAUGUUCAACAUUACAUUUUUAUAAACAGGGUCUUUCCUAUUACACAUGAGCCUCUUUAAGACGCAAGUGCAUUUGAAUUAACAUUCCUACGACUGUUAGAUUCCAGUUUGUAUUGCCAGUGCAUAAAGCUGUUUUGUUGGUUCAGUACAAUACAGUCCAUUCUUUUUGUUAAAAUGUCCUCAUUGCAAUAUAUGAACACGAAAAGCAAUAAUUAUUUUUUGCUUUGUAGUUUUCUCAAUGUCUUUGAAUCGCUUCCAUAAAUUUUGCACUUCAGUGUUGUACGUAUCAGCAUUAUUGCUGAAAUUUUAUGGAUGAUUUGCGCCGUUUUUAUCAAUAUUGUUAUGCAAUAUUUUUUGAAGAUGUAAUAUUUUGUAACUUCAGUACUCAAUAAACUGAACAAAUGUGG